CACUGGAUCAUUUUUUCCUGAGGGUCUUCCCUGGCACGGUAAGGCUGCCAGCACUAUGAGAAGGUAUUUUAGGAAGACGUCACCAGUCAAGACAGCCGUGCACACUGAAGAGGAGCCUCACAUCAGAGCCACCCAGGCAGACUGGAAUGAGGGAAAAUCCAGCCAGUCACAGGCCAAACACCAUGAGGCACCCGUCUGGGCCCAGACAGCCAAGGAGCAAAUGAAAAGUGCAUUGAAGCCCCUGGAAUCUCCAGCUAAUAAGGAGCCAACCUUAACAACUGCACCACAAACACCUGGGAGUAGCAACAAGGCAGGAUGGUUUAAUGUACUUGAGAACCAACCCAGGACAAAGUCAGCCCGGCAGAGUGUGAGGGCCCGACAGAUGACACCAGAUGACAGUCUAUUUUAUUUUCUUGAGAAUCUGCACGCUCAGCAAGUUGAAACAAUUGAGGAUAUUGUGACCCGCUUAAUAGGCGAAAUCUACUACGAUGAGACAGGUACCCAACCAGACACCCCCAUUCCUGGCCUGAGUGAAACAGCUUUGGACCUCAUUGAUAAUGUGGUUGAUGAGCUAAAGAACACCCCAAGUGGCCUGUUUGCUUUACAUACAGAUGAGCCUCUGGUCCUCCCAUCUAGUUAUAAACGUCAGGUGGCCAAGAGUGUUCACAAAGAAUUGCUUUCCUGCACUGGUUCCCAAGAAAGCUUAUGGAAGGCUGUAUCCUCGGGCCACAUGGUGAAAGAGAUUGCCAGCUCAAUCUCUCAGGAGGUGUCCAAAGUAACCAGCAAGAUUGGGGCUAUCUAUCACACCAAUAGUGUCAAUCACACUGAUAGUCCAAUCUCACCCGGCCCCAGAACGGACACGAAUGCUUCUUGGGUGUCCUGUGCAGCCUCAGACAUCUCUGAAGAUCUUGUCCUCAGAAUCCUAGACUUCAUAUCAUACUGUCGGUCACCAGACAGCACCUGGAAUGGGCCACAGAGCCGAUGCUCCACUGACAUGACCGGAGAUCUCAUGGAUGCAGUCAUGGUGGAGCUCUUCACUAACACAGCCAUGCUGACGACUCCAGAAUAUGAGCACCAGCAACAAUGGGGCAAACCCUCCCUUACAGAUCUGGAGAAAGCUGCCAGAUUAGUGUAUGAGAAGAUGGUGAAGGAAACUGGCUCAGCUGAGGCAUUGCAAGACGCUCUCAAGCUCAGAAGGAAGCUUGUAGUCACAGCACUGGCUGAUGUAGUGGCAAAGCAAGUGUACAAGCACUUCUCAGAACAGGAGUCAGACUCCACAUAUCUCCCAGACCAAACCAGCCACAAAGAUGACUGCCCUGUUACGAGCCACAGUAACAGACAGCUCACACCUGAGCUUGCUGCUGUUCAAUCUGCCAGUGAGUGCAUAGUGAACUGCAAGGCUGUGUGGGAGAUCAUCUCCAGACUGCUGCAGGAGAUUUCUCCUAACGUGCCCAUGGAAGAGAAGCGCCACCUUUAUGCUCAGGAUCUUUUUCAUUGUGCUAUAAAUCAACUGUCUGAGUCUCCAGGGGUAACAAUAUGUGCUGAUGAGACUAUCUGUGACGUCUGCCGCCAUCCACAGGUCAUUGAGUUAAUCCGCGGCCGUGUUCUGGAGUGCCUGCAAUUUCAGAUGAACCUCAUGGGCUACAACUUAAGCUCUGCCCUGGAUGCCCAAGAUGAGGCUCUCAGCUACUUCAUUGUUGCUCACCUUGUGCAAGAGACCCUGCUGUUGAUCUCAAGUCAGACCAAUGGCAGCUCCCCUGAAGUAGACUCAGGUUCCCACCAUCAACCUGAGAGUCAAACACCACUAUAUGUAGUGAGCAGCAAAGUAAAUUAUGAAGAUUGGCCCACUUGUCAGUCAAAAAUCACUGUACCAAAGGGCCAUUCCACAAUUUCUGCAACCAAAGGCUUGUCACCUAGGGCUUGCCUUUCCACUGUUUCUGCAACCAAGGGCCUAUCACAGAUGCCAGGUCAAACGCCACCAUAUGUAGUGAGCAGCAAAGUAAAUUAUGAAGAAUGGCCCACGUGGCAGUCAAACAUCACUGUAUCAAAGGGCCUUUCCACCAUUUCUGCAACCAAGGGCUUGUCACCAAGGGCUUGCCUUUCCACUGUUUCUGCAACAAAGGGCCUAUCACAGAUGCCAGGUCAAACAUACACUGGCAAAAGGGGGCCCACAGUCCUGAGUGUGAAAAUAAAAAAGCACUCGCACAGAGGAAUUCAUAUCACACCGUCAGAAAGGAUAAUUCGGUUGAAGGAGAUGCAGAGGGAGUCAUCUUCUGAGGUCUCAUCAGUGGAGAUGACGUCUGAAAGCCAUGGACACAGAAGAGGAGGUUUUGGAUGGUUCCUCUCUAAGCUGAUGUGCGCUGAAGACAUCCACUGGUUUGAGUAAUGUUUGAGUGUAACCAAACAUUCAAACCCAAGCUGAAUGACUAAUACAAGUUGAAGGGUGGAGGAAUGUCAAUAAAUCAA